CACCGUGUUACCCUCCGCCGUAUUAGCUCCGCCAACCCCACCAACACCUCCUGCAGCUCUCCCUAGAGCUCCAAAUCGGCCAACAUACGUUCAUCCCUAUUCAUCAACCGCCCUCCACCAACACUCCAAUCAAUCAUCAUUACCACAAUGUCCGCCACCGCUCAAGAUCCUUUCGACUCCUCCCUCGACCUCCUCCGCCGUCUCAACCCAAAACACACCUCGACCAAUCUUUCAGCACUGAUCAACCUCGUCCCUGACCUAACUGAAGAUCUCCUCUCGUCCGUCGACCAACCGCUGCAACUGGCGCGAUGUGCCAAGACAAAACGCGAGUACCUCCUCUGCGACUACAACCGCGACGGCGAUAGCUACCGCUCUCCGUGGAGCAACGAGUACACGCCCGCACUUUCCGAUGCCACCUACCCGAGCGAGAAGCUGCGGAAGAUGGAGGUUGCUGCAAACCAGGCGUUCGAUGUUUACCGUGAACUGUACUACGAGGGUGGUGUGAGCAGUGUUUACUUUUGGAAUUUGGAUGACGGAUUUGCGGGGGUUGUGUUGCUCAAGAAAUCGGUUGCCUCCGGGCCGAAGAGUACCGGCUCCUGGGACUCGAUCCAUGUGUUUGAGGCCAUCGAUGGCUCUCGCACAUGCCACUACAAGCUCACCUCCACAGUCAUCUUGAACAUGGUCUCCGGCGGCGAGGACCUGGGAGAGAUGGACCUGUCGGGGAACAUGACGCGACAGGUGGAGAGUGACAUGACAGUCGACAACGCUGACCGCGACCACAUCAGCAACAUUGGCAAGCUGGUGGAAGAGAUGGAGCUCAAGAUGCGGAAUCUCUUGCAGGAGGUCUAUUUUGGCAAAGCCAAAGACGUCGUUGCGGACUUGCGGAGCGUCGCCACGCUCAGCCAAACUAUUAAGGACAGAGCUGUGCAUCAGGAGAUGAUCACCUCCAUGUCGAGACGGUAGUACCCCUCGUACAUCAAUGAUGCGGACGAUGAUGAGUACGUGGGGGAGUUUGGUGAGGAGCUGGUGGGAGAGGCAUUGAUUAAUUGAUGGAGUGUGUGUGUUGAUGUCGCGGAAUACCUUGGGAGCGCGUUGAAUGCAUGAUAUUACCUCUUUCCGCUCGGCUUAUUGGUGCACUCAGUUCAGCCUCUAUUUUCAUUCCUUUGGAGUGGAAGAUACGGUGGAGAAUGUAUGGCUGUGAUCCGUGCAGAAGCGCUUGUACGGUGACGCUUACCGCGAUCGCCGGGUGCUGGCAGACUUUGGUAUCGCUUGAGCAAUGGAAUGCGGGUGCAUGCCCGAAGGAAGACACGGCCUCUAUGUCGGGCCAGCCACAAGAUUAAGGACAGCCCGUUAUCGCAACAUUCCAGCUUAUGGAGC